AUGCGUUGUCUCAAGCGUAUUGGUAGUGAGGGUGCCUUUGAGCCCGUGCCAAGCACCUGUGCUGCAACGGUCCUGUGCGUCGAAGUACUGACGGUGCAGUGUCUCUUUCCUGCCUUUCUCUUCUUCACCCACUUUGACCCUGCUCUCUACAAGGCGACGAUGCGCAAGAGCGUCGAGCCCAAAGUGGCGAGCUUCUGGGAGGGGAUACGGGGCACGUAUCGCGAGCACAUUUUGAGGGCGAACCCGUUCUUUUACUCCGGCACCCCCGCUGCCGAGGUGCCGGAUGGGAAGCUUUCCUUGACGGCCCUCUCCAAGCUCAAGGAGGUGAGCAGGGAAGUGGACAAGGCCUUUGCCGUGCUGGAAUCUUUACGGAAGGCCACGGUCUCAGCGAGUGUCACAACAGACGACAUGUUCUUUUUAGGCACCUCACGGCCAACGCAUGUCGAUGCGCUCGUGUACGCUGCCGCGUCGAGCUUCGUACACGCCGAUCUAAGUGAGGCCUCCGCGGGCGUCAGGGUCCACCAGCGACGGGUGCAGGAUGCAUGCCCAGCACUUCUCGAGUACGUGGAGCGGGUGCAUCACCAGUUCUUUGAGGCAGACAGCGGGGCGUACUGCCUGAAGCCGCGCGAGGCGGCAGCAGAGGUGGACCCGAAUGUGGUCGUGGCGAAGGAAGUGGAACAGCAGUACCGCAGUGGGCGACUGCAGACGCUUUGGUGGACGGGUGUGUUUGCCAGUGUUUACUUCUUCAUGGUGAACGCGGACAUGUUAGUGGCACUGCUGGAGAGGGCUGAGGAGGCCGAGGAGGCGGCGGCGAUGGAAGUCGCGGCCGCUGAUGAGGCAAACCAGCAGAGCUCGACGUCGUCGUCUUCAGAUCGAUUGCACGUGCCACAGGGGCUGCAGCUCUGA